ACGCAUUUGUUUACAUUUUGUCAAAGUCCAAUUGGAGAAGUUGUGAGGUUAAGUCGAAUUAAAUUAAUUAAAUUCCACUGCCCGUUGUGAUUUGUGCCCAGUCGGCGUCGUGAGCUCACGUGGAAAGUGUCCAGGUGCUGGUGGACAAUCCGUGGGAAAUGCGCAAAGUGCAGUGCAUCCGCUGAAUGGUGUUUGUUUACAUUAUUGAGGAUUUACCUGUGAAACACACAUUUUUAUGGGCCUCUUCUCCUGGCUCGAGUCCCGCAAUCGCGGCUUCCAGCAACGCAUUGGGGAGACUGAUCGUAUCUGGAAGAGCCUCUACUCCACCAUUGAGCCAUCGGAUGUGUGGGCAAAGCAGAAUGUCAGCAAUCACCUCUGGGGUGGCGUCUACAAUCUCGAGUUCUCCCCGGAUGGGUCCAUUCUGGUGGCAGCGUGCGAAAAGAGAUCGAUUGUUCUCUUUGCAACGAAUACAUUUAAGGAGACCAAAAUUAUAAGGCAGGCCCAUUCGGACUGCGUCAAUUGUGUAAAAUUCUUAGAUGACAGAACCUUUGCUUCCUGCUCAGAUGACUGCAGUGUGGUACUUUGGGAUGUAAGGAAUCUCAAGACACGCCUCAAAACACUGAGAGGGCACUCAAAUUGGGUUAAGAACAUCGAAUACUCCAAGAAGGAUAAUUUAAUCGUAACAUCGGGUUUCGAUGGAAGUAUCUUUACGUGGGAUAUCAAUUCAUCCACCGAGAGUGGACUUCUCUACAAGAAUGUCUUUCACACUACAGGUUUGAUGCGAUGCCGACUGACGCCGGACGCCAGCAAACUCGUGAUCUGCACGACAGGAGGCUACAUGAUUAUAAUACAUGAUCUCAAUUUGGAGACACUGGCAGAAGACCUCGCGGGCUUCCGCCCCAAUUUGCAUAGACUGAUGCAGCUGGGUCGUCAGCUGAUACCAUUUGCGUCGCGUUUCCACCAUCUCUUCCUGCGGUCGCAGCGAACGAAUCGCGUGGAGCUAGUCAGCGACUUCCCGGAGGGCAAUGAUGCCGAAGUGAUAAGUUCGCUGCAGAUUCACCCGCAUGGAUGGUGUGCCCUCAGCAGGAAUAUCAGCUACGACGAAAGCUCCGAAUUUACGUGCGUGCACGACAUUCAGGACAUUGAGGAUGAUGACGUUGAGGAGGUGGAGGAUGAGGAGGACAUUGAGAAGGUUCUCGAUUGUACGAUUAUUGAGCGUAGACUGAGAAUCCUCCGUCCGGAUUCAGCACUCUACCGGAGGUAUGCUGCGAGACUGAGAGCAAUUCGGCAGGAGACGACAGCUAGGGGAGAGGGGCAGGUGACGAGUGAGGAUAUGCAUCCGGAUAUUUGGGAAAUUCAGUGGCCUCUAAUGAAUAGGAAUACGCACCAGAUGAACUCAACGCAUAGUCGUUUGGAGCGCUUCCGGAGUGGUAUUGUCCCAGAGGAAGCGCGUGCCGCAGCAGCAGGGGGUUCAGGGACGUCUGCAACGGCUGAGAUGCGCGUAGCCACAGUGGCAGCAGCGAUGAUUGCUGGGCCACGGAAUGAAACGGAACGGAGUGUCCUGGAGGAUAUGGUUGUUGAUUCGGGCGAAGAGUUUGUCAUGCCGCGCGAGGAGCACGUUCUCAUGUCCUCAAAACGACGCAGAAUCCAUCAAAAUGCCAAAAGGAUGCUGUACUACAUCGAAGAACCGAAUAUCGGGAAGCGCUUCAUUAAGGAGCUGUGCUUCUCCUCAGACGGUAGGGUUAUCUGUUCACCCUAUGGCUACGGCAUACGCCUCCUUACCUUCAAUCGUGACUGCAGCGAACUCAGCUCGUGCAUGGGGGGCCCCGAUGAGGGGGCACUGAAGCUAACAGAGCUGAAAGUGAUGAAGUGUCACUCGGACAUUGUGGUCAGCACCAAAUUCAAUCCCAGGCUGCCACUUCUUGUUACAGGGUGCCUCAAUGGGAAGAUUGUAUGGCUACAGCCGGUCCUCUGAAGUCAUGCCAUCGCCAGUACUUAAAAUCCGGAUGAUUUUUUUUUUGGCAAUAAAGUAAGUUAUAUAAAUGAAA